AUGGGUCUCCUGUCCUGUCGGGCGAACUCCAAUUUGUCUAGCCUUUGGAACGGACGGGACGGAUUAAUAUAAACCCGUUUUCCGACCCCUGACCAUCCAUAUUCCCGGUUAAUUGUGACCGCGUCGUAAAUUUUCGAAUUAGGUCUUCGAAUUUCUCAGUGUUCUCUCUCUCUCCGACAUCUUCGAUUCUGUUCGAAAUUGCUGCUCUCUCUCUCUCUCCCUCUAAGAUGCCGUCAAUGGCUCCUGGCGGAGCCAAGAACUCCAACCAGAGCAAUAAUCAACUGAACAGUAAAGUAUCCAAUGACGAUCGCAGGGCCGAAUUCUUCGCCAGGAAGCAUAGGAUUGCGCAACAGAGAAAAUCACUACCAAUCGCUUCAGUUGAAAAACGACUUGUGGAGGAGGUCAGGAGUAACAAUAUAUUGAUAAUUGUUGGUGAAACUGGAAGUGGAAAAACAACACAGUUGCCACAGUUUCUGUUUAAUGCGGGGUUAUGCCAUGAUGGGAAAGUCGUUGGUAUCACGCAACCUAGACGUGUUGCAGCUGUUAGUGUUGCAAAACGGGUAGCUGAGGAAUGUGGUGUUCAAUUGGGCCAAAGAGUUGGGUAUUCCAUUAGAUUUGAUGAUACGACUUCCAGUUCAACAAGGAUUAAAUACAUGACAGAUGGAUUGCUUUUGAGGGAAGCGUUAUUGGACCCAUAUCUCUCUAGAUAUUCAGUUAUUAUUGUUGAUGAGGCUCACGAGAGAACUGUCCACACUGAUGUCUUGCUGGGUUUACUGAAAAGUGUACAGAAAGUAAGGUCAGUACCUAUCAAUGAAUGCCCUAAUAUUGACCGUAUGAAGGCUAACAACGGUCUGCUGAUGGAGAAAGAAAAUGAUGCUCAACGUGCUAGUAUUCUCAAGCAGUGUAGGGGCAUAAAGCUCAGUCCAUUGAAGUUAAUCAUCAUGUCUGCUAGUCUGGAUGCACGAGUUUUUUCUGAGUAUUUUGGUGGUGCUAGAGCUGUUCAUGUUCAAGGGCGACAGUUUCCUGUGGAUAUACUCUACACUCGUCAUCCUGAGACAGAUUACCUUGACGCCACUUUAAUAACUUUAUUUCAGAUACAUUUGGAGGAGGGUCCUGGUGAUAUACUUGUAUUCUUGACUGGCCAAGAAGAGAUUGAAUCUGUUGAGAGGCUUGUCCAAGAAAAACUUCGACAAUUGCCAGAAGACAAUCAGAAGGUCAAAGUUUUGUCGAUAUUCUCAUCUCUCCCUUCAGAAAAGCAGAUGCAGGUCUUUAUGCCAGCUCCAACUGGAUUUCGCAAGGUAAUACUGGCAACUAAUAUUGCUGAAACUUCUGUAACAAUACCUGGAAUCAAGUAUGUGAUAGAUCCUGGAUUCGUGAAAGCACGCACCUACUGUGUUCAUACAGGGAUGGAAUCAUUGAACAUUGUUCCAACCUCAAAAGCACAGGCUCUUCAAAGAAGUGGACGUGCAGGCCGUGAAGGACCUGGAAAAUGCUUCCGCCUCUAUCCUGAGAGUGAAUUUGAGAAACUCAGUGAUUCCACAGAUCCAGAGAUUAGCCGGUGCAACCUUUCAAAUGUCAUUUUGCAACUCAAGGCUCUUGGUGUUGAUGAUAUUAUUGGGUUUGACUUCAUGGAAAAACCAUCAAGUACAGCUGUUGUCAAAUCAUUGGAGUUACUGGUCUUGCUAGGUGCUCUAACAGAGGAAUAUAAAUUGUCAGAUCCAGUUGGGCAUCAAAUGGCCCGGCUACCCUUAGAGCCUAUUUAUUCCAAGGCACUUAUCCUGGCUAGUCAGUUCAAUUGCUUGGAAGAAAUGUUAAUAACUGUUGCAAUGCUGUCAGUGGAAUCUGUAUUUUAUAACCCUCGUGAGAAGUUAGAGGAGCGCUUUUACAGCACCAGAACAGCUCCUUUCAACGCUGUACUACACCAAUCUUACGUGAAAAAGGCACGAACUGCAGCGAAGUGCUUCUCAAGUCUAGAGGGAGAUCAUCCGACUUUGAUUGCUGUAUAUCGAGCUUUUGAUGAGUUCUCGGAAAAGAGCAAUCUGGGGAACAGUAGAGAAAAAACUGAAAAAAAUCUCAGAAAAUGGUGCAAGGAAAAUUUCAUCAAUAGCCGUGCCCUAAGGCAUGCUCGUGACAUUCACAGGCAAAUUCAGGGAAAUAUUGAACAAAUGGGUCUAGGUAUUGCAUCUUGUGGAGAUGACAUGCUUCAAUUUCGCCGUUGCCUUGCUGCUGCUUUUUUCCUCAAUGCAGCUUUGAAGCAGCCUGAUGGUACAUACAGGGUUUUGUCAAGUGGUCAGGUGGUGCAGAUCCAUCCUUCUUCUGUAUUUUUCCGGACAAAGCCAGACUGCAUAAUUUUUGAUGAGUUUGUCCGAACUACUCAUAAUUACGUGCGCAAUGUUACUAGAAUUGAUUACUUGUGGUUAGCUGAGCUCGCUCCUCAGUACUAUACCUUGCAAGAGCAGGAGCAGGAGUAGAAUUCAUGGCCUUAAUUUUAAGGAUGAUAGGUUGCUGUUUGUUUGGAGGGGACUUGUUGAAUUGCAUUCUGGUACUGGACUCCGAUGGACUGCAAUCUUGAUACAUCCAUUGGGCUAUUGUUGCAAAGAGAGCCUAUGAAAGCUUAACUGAGUUUUAAAAUGUGUUCAAGCUUGGUUUUAUUUGCCUUACGAGCCGAUCUUGAAGAAGUUUUUAAUGAGCCAAAUAUAAGUCAAGUUCGAACAGUUUAGUUUGUUUUGCUUAUAGCAAACCCGGUCUUGCAGGUAGUUGGUCACAUAUUUGAUACGCAACGCGUAAUACUAGCUUAGGGUUAGGGUUAGUUUUGGUAUUGUAAUGGGUAGUUUGUUCGAUUUUUCGGUGUCCUUAUGGGAUUGUGAUAUUUUCCAUGUCAUAUUUGUAAUGGAGAUGUUUUAUUACACCAUCUAAUGGUGAGUGUAAUUAUCUUUUUUAAUUUAAAUUAAUUAUAAAUUUACAUUCUUAUUUUA